GUGAGUGCAAAUCCGAACGAUUACAAUAAGAAUAUGGAACUGAUCACGUUGUUGCGGGGUGCCGGAGAGCUGGAGGCACUUCGAACACAGCGAGAGUCGACGUCGAGACGGUUCGCGAUGCCACCGAAAUUUUGGAUGGAGUGGAUCGAUGACGAGAAAACGUGUGAAUCCGAGCGAGAUUUGAUCGAGUCCAUAUUCGAUCGAGCCAUUAAAGAUUUUCACUCACCCGACGUUAUCAUAGAAUAUGUUCAGUGGGCGUGCGGUGUGUCGAUAGAGUUCGCGAGAAAGAAAAUGGACGAAGCAAUUGGUUUGAUAGGAUGUCGAGCGGAUUGUGCGUCAACAAUUUGGAAUAUCUAUUUGGAUUUUGAGAAAAUGAUUCUGCGUUCGUUGAGCGGUGAACAGGCCGAAAAGCAUCAUCUUCUGAUCGAUGGCAUUUACGCACGUUUUUUACGAAUUCCACAUUUGGGUUUGGAAGAAACUUGGAGCGAUUAUCAAGCAUUCACAGGUAGUGACGUUUAG